GAGAAACUCAAUUGCGGUCUAUGUUGUUCUGUCAGUUGAAGCACGUGUGUCUUGCUAGACGGACUUGAGUAGGAAUAUCCAGAUUUCAAUCCAGAUUGAAUAGACAUGACUUGUGAGGAUCGAGUGGAAUCAAAAACACUUCGAGAUCGAAAGACUCGUAAGAGAUGUCAUACCAAAGCGUCCCGUGGAAAUCCUCCCUCCGAUCACAUGCAUCAAGAGCCUUUGGACCGAGAGUUACGGUUACUUCAGUCGCUGAUUCCAGACAUUUCCACGAAACAGGAAAUGAGCGAGUUACAGAUCAUCGAUGCCAGUGUCAGUUAUAUCGAGCAUCUUCAGAGCCAACUACAGAAGCAUGAUCCCACGAAUGUGUUUGGAAUGGUGUGUUUUCCUCAUCGCCUGGAGCCGCUAGAUCGGGAUAGUGACAUUGAAAACGAGGUAGAAAAUGGAGUGCUGUUGCCCGUUCCUGCCAAGCCUCUUGUGAGUGACAUUUUAAACCAAGAGAGAGGUGCAAAACGCAGAUUGGACGACCAACUGGAUAGUUUGUCAAAGCGAAGAACGCGGGAGCUUCAAAGGUUAAGAUAACCUGAUUCAAUAAAACCACGGGUUCUACGUAAUUGCCUACCCUUCCAAUCAAAACGCAUUGCUCCAAAUUCAUCCAGUGAUGCCAUGUUUGUAGACGACUGACUGCCUCUCCUUUAGCCUGAUUCUUACUACCGUUGCUGGUGUUACCACGAGGAACAACAGGAUCCCCAUCAUCAACAACAGCAACAACUACAACAACAACGAAAUCGACACAUUAUUGCAAAAACCUUAGUUUCCUCCAAAUAAAUUAAAUAUGAUAGAAAAUAUGUAUAAGCAAGUGUGUAAGUGUAUACAUAUAUAUCAUUCCUAUCAUUAGAAUGCCACUUAC